AUGCCGUUUGUAAUUCCACCGUCAGUGCCUGGUGGAUUCCGAUCAAGCCGAGCUCGGGAUCAGCCAAUUCCGGACGAUGAUGACGAUUUACCAAGUCGACCAACAUCCGGUCUGGAGGAUUGUCCACCGGGUUGUGUGGAGGGUCCAGGAUGCACAGAUGCUUGUAAAUGUAAGAACACUUUCCGAACGGUGCAUGAAAUGUGUAAUCCACCUGCAGACGCCGAGGUGGCCAAGCACUGCUCCGCAUGGUACAAGCAGUGUCCAAUGUACAAGCCCGUCCAUUUCUGA